AUGUUUUGGUUGUUGUGUGUGUUGUUGGGUUGUGGUGUUUGGUUGGGGUUGUGUGGUGUGGUUUUGGGUUGUGUGUGUGUUUUGGUUGUGGGUGUGUUGUUGAGUUGUGGUGUGUGGUUUGGGUUGAGUGUGUGGGUUGGUUGGUGUGUGUGGUUGUUUGGGUUUGUUGUGGUGUAUGGGGUUUGUGGGGUGUGGUUGAUGGGUUGUGUGGUUGUUGUUGGGUUUGUGGGUGUGUUUUUGGGUUGUGGUGGGGUGUUGUGUGUGGGUUUUUGUGGGGUUUGGUGUUGUGGAUGUGGGGGAAGUGUGUUGUGUGUGUUGUGGGUGUUUGGGGUUAGUUUGGUGGUGGUGUUGGUGGGUUGUAGGUGGGGGUUUGUGGUUGUUUGUUGGGGUUUUUUUUUAGGUGUUUGUGAUGUGUUGUGUUGGUUGGGGAUGGGUUAG